AUGAAUCAUCAAAGUGAAGACCCAUAUUAUCAUGAAUCGACGUCAUCAUCUUCCACGGCUCCUGGUGGAACUUACACAGUCUACACACAAAAGUUGUCGAGCGAUUCGAAUGAGGAGGACAAUAAUCCUCACUCCAUAGAUGAAAGCGACAAAUUGGAUGACUUCAUGGAAACGUACUUUGACGACUCCGUCACUUCUGACAAAUCUCAGUCCUCCUCUCCAAAUAGCAAAAAGAUGGCUCGUGCCGAGCGAGAUCUGGAAGAGUUGAUGAAGGAGACGGAGGGAAUGGAAGAAAUUCAAGAACAACUUCAAAUGGGACGACUCGAUUUGGGUCGGGCUCUCCAGGAAGAACGUACCCGACAAAGACGGGCGGCCGCUGCGAGAGAUCGCUACCAGCGAAUGACAGAGGCCGAGCGUCGUCUUUAUAAUCAACGUCGCCGUCUCCGCUCACUCGGAGUCACUUCGGAAACCUCCGAUGACAAUGAAGUCAUCAGAAAUCAAGUGAAAACGGCGAACGCGAAGAAGGCGGAAGCGGCGCGCCAGCGAUAUCAUAUGAUGACGCCAGAACAGAAGAAAAGCUAUAACACGCGUCGUAUGGAAGCGUUCAGAAAGCGACGUGAAGAAGAGGAGAGGAUUAUGUCGAUGCCAACAGGUAGAAUAGAGAAAGAAGAUUUGGCGAAAGCAAGUCAAAUUAUGGUGCGAAACGCUCGAAAAGCGGAAGCGGCGCGACUGAGAUAUCAGCAAAUGACACCGGAGGAGAGGAGAGCGUAUAAUGAGAAACGGGCGAGAAGGCCGAAAAUAAGUAGAAAAAUACCGACGAAAUCUGUUCAAACGGUAGCGGUGAAUGAGAUGGAUGAGUAUGGCGUUGCAUUACUGAAAUCGUUGGAUGGGAGGAAUGAUGACGGGGAAAUGAAACAAUUUAUGGAGAUUGAUGGAGGAAAGUAUAUGGAAGUGGAUGAUGAGGAAAUAGAUGAUAUCCUUCACCGCUCCACCCUUAUCACUGGUCAAAGAGCUAACCUUCCCUUAGAAAUCCUCGAAGUGAGAGCCAAUUUAGUCAGCAACGUUCAAAUGGCCGAAGUCAUCGACAGUGUCGCAGCGUCGCGUCGCAAGGACGAGAUUUACGUCGAAAUGGAGGACGAAGUGUUGAGACAAACGAGAAAAGCGCAUGCUGUUAUCAUGAGAAAUCUGGGACUAACCGGUCCUUUGCCACCCAAUUUCCCUCAACUUAUUCAACAAUUCCAUGGACAGCCUCACGCCUCUUCUGAUCUACGUCCCGAUUCCAGUUUCUCCGAUUACCACGACGAGCCAACGUCAUCGUCACCUAUCCCCGAAGAUACCCAUAACCCAGAGUACACAAAUCAUAUACCAAUCUCUCCAAAACACUCUCCGAUUCCGUCAAUUCCUGCUCCCGAGAAGGAAAUCGGCGAGCCUGAUGUGAUCGACAUGCAAUCUGUCUACAAUAUGGUCUUGAAUGGAUUUGAUGCACAGGGUACUCCUGUCGAAGUUCGUUCACAAAGUGGCGUUUUGAUUACGUCUAUGGAGGAAUUCGAACGCUUCGCACACGAAACGAUUGUCAUCACGCAUCGCCCCGAAGAAAAAUGCAUCACAUUCGAUGAAAUGCAGCAACCCACGUCGUUAUCAAGCGACAUGACUCAAGACAAUCACGUCGGCUCCACCACUUCCACGUCAUCUCAUCCUGAUAUGGAUUACAGUGAUAUUACGAUCGGUAGCUCCGAGUACGGUGAUUACGAUGAAGAGGAUGUGGAAGUGGAUAUGGUGGAGUUUGAGGAGGCACCUGUUCAGAAAGGGAGAAGAAGUCAAGCGGUGCGAGCGAGACGUGCUGAAAGAGCAAGAGCAAGAUACCACCGAAUGUCAGUCGAACAACGACGCGAGCAGAACGCUCGUCGCGCCCAUGCUCUCCGUGUCGCCAGAGCUCGCGAAGACGAACUUCUGAGACUUGGCGAAACGACUCCACUCGAUCAUCUUGAUGAGGCGACGCAACAAGCGAUAUUCGAUGCUCAACAGAAAAGAGCUCUCAAGGCGGAAAAAGCGAGAGCCAAAUAUCGAAAUAUGACUGAAGAGGAGAGAAAACGAUACAAUUCGGGAAAGGAAGGGAAUCGAAAUAAGCGAAAACGCCAAGAACCCGAGUUUCACAUCGAGCCAGAACCUGUUUCUGAAGAUGUUUCUGUUGACGUAGAUUUGGAAUCUGCCUCUUCACCAGUCCACGAUCCGGAUGAUCCUUCCAGCUUUUUCUUCGACCCGAAUGAAAAUUAA